AUGGGAAAUUUGUGGGAAAUGGAAAUAUCUGCUGAAACCCUACUCUACUGUACAGCAGCGGUACAGUACUUGCUGAGAUCAUAUCUCAACAGCGAUGCCAGGUGUACAGCGAUAUGUGUUUACAGUGGGUACAGUGAAAUAGCGGCGCUGCGGAUACAAGGCACGCCUCGUGGAUGUACACGUGGCUUGGGCGCCGUCGGUUAUGUGCGCCAGAGGCGCCCUGGCGGGGACGCUCCUUUAAGCCUUUAUCGAUGA